CCAGCACCCUCAUCAUGGCUAUCCCUGAAGAACAGGCCAGAGCAGUCCCUAAAUGGACCAACCUCUUUGGCAGGAAUAUACAGAUCAAGCUGAAGCCCUUCCGAACCCGUAUAGAGCAUUGUACACAAUUCUGGGACUAUCACAACCCCCGGACCUGCACCCGCACACCCAGAUGCCGCAUUUGCAGCAAAAGGGACCACACUGAGGAGAUACAUUCCUCUACCAAGGAUGAGGAAACACCAGUCCCUUGUUGUGCCAAAGCUAGUUAUUAGCAUUCCGGGCCUAGCCCCUAACAAAAGCAGACUAUACA